GUUGUGGCAUUACUUUACUGAAGUUUUUAUUAAUGAGCAGUAACAGAAAAUUUGAUGUUGCUUGCCCAUACCAUCAUUUUUAAUCCCACAAAUAAAGAAUAAUUUCGUAAGCUUCUAUCACAAAUCUAAGCUAUUUUCCAGCUCCCCAACUUUCUUUCUACUCCUUUUUUUUUCACUUCUUCCCUACGAUCUGCAUGUAAACCCAUGGAUUCCACGGUUUCGGCAUCUAAUAGUCCGAUUAAUGCAAAUAAACAGUGGAGGAGAAAAGGAGGCAGGCUUUGGUAUCAGAAAAUCAGAUUCAAGGGAGCUGUUAUUGUUUUUGGAUUGACCCUUUUGUUUUUCUUGGUUAAUUCUUUGAUGCUGUUGAGCCUUCAAGAUCACCGAAUUGUCGGCCUCCGCCGCCACUCUUCUCCCAACUCCUCUUCUUCCAUUUCCCUUCCCAUCAAGGGUCAAGCUAAAUCUACCAAAGCAAAAAGGAUAUACAAAGAAAGAUAUGGAAGGAUGCUGGCUUUGACUGCACAUGCCCUGGCCGAGAAUAAGCGUGAGCCAAAAGAUUUAUGGAAGGAACCCUUUGUUGAGGCCUCUGCUUGGAGGCCUUGUGCUGAUCAACGUAACUGGCAACCUAGCGGGGGAAACAAUGGUUACAUUAUGGUCACAGCAAAUGGUGGAAUAAACCAGCAGAGAGUUGCUGUUUGCAAUGCUGUUGUGGUCGCACGGCUGCUAAAUUCAACCCUUGUUAUUCCUAAAUUUAUGUUCAGUAGUGUUUGGAAAGAUGUGAGUCAAUUCGGCGAUAUCUAUCAAGAGGAGCAUUUUGUGAAAUACUUGACUCCUGAUAUUCGGAUAGUGAAGGAACUUCCUGAGGAGCUGAGGUCACUAGAUUUGGAGGCAAUCGGUAGUGUUGUGACAGAUGUAGACAUUGGGAAAGAAGCCAAGCCAAGUUUUUAUGUGAAAAACAUUCUCCCUAUUUUGCUAAAAAGCAAAGUUGUCCAUUUCAUUGGAUUUGGUAAUCGUCUGGCCUUUGAUCCAGUACCAUAUCAGCUGCAGCGACUUCGAUGCAGAUGUAACUUCCACGCACUGCAAUUUAUUCCCAAAAUACAACAAAUUGGCUCUUUACUCCUCCAAAGGUUGCGCAAGAGUGCAGUUCAUGUUGGACCAUUGGAUCAUUAUCUUGUUGGUCCUUAUGCUUUGAAUAUGAAAGAAAAAGGGGGUCAUGCUGGAAAAGCUUCAAAAUAUCUAGCUCUACAUCUAAGGUUUGAAAUUGACAUGGUGGCACAUUCAUUGUGUGAAUAUGGUGGUGGUGAAGAAGAAAGAAAAGAGUUGGAAGCGUAUCGUAAAAUCCAUUUCCCUGCUUUGGCACUUCUUGAGAAGACGAAAAACAGGUUACCUUCUCCUUUAAUGCUUAGAUCAGAAGGUCUUUGUCCCUUAACACCCGAAGAAGCUAUACUUAUGCUAGCUGCUCUAGGUUUUAACAGAAAGACACGUAUAUUUGUGGCUGGUGCAAAUAUAUAUGGGGGACAACCAAGGUUAGCUGCUUUAACCAGCUUGUAUCCUAAUUUAGUCACAAAAGAGAAUCUGCUGUCGGCCACUGAACUUCAACCAUUCUCGAACUUUUCAUCACAGCUAGCUGCCCUUGACUUCAUAGCCUGCAUUGCGGCAGAUGCAUUUGCCAUGACAGACUCAGGAAGUCAGCUAUCAUCUUUAGUUGCUGGAUAUCGAACAUAUUAUGGUGGUGGGAGAAUGCCAACAAUUCGACCAAACAAGCGGAGACUUGCUGCCAUAUUCACCAAGAACUACACAAUUGAAUGGAAAGUGUUUGAGCAAAGAGUAAGAAAAGCAGUUAGACAGACUAAGCAUGUCAAUAAAAGGCCAAUGGCAAGGAGUGUUUAUAGGUUUCCAAGGUGUAAAGAGUGUAUGUGUCGAACACAGUAAAAUUAAUAGACGGGCCUGAUGAUUUGAUACUAGCCUGCAACAUUCAUUUAUAAUCAAUUUUUCUCAGAUUUAAGUCA